AUGUACACUGUACAUUCAGGGUACAUUGUACUAAUUACAUUGUACAUUCAGGAUACAUUGUACAUUCAGGAUACAUUGUACGUUCAGGAUACAUUGUACAUUCAGGAUACAUUGUACGUUCAGGAUACAUUGUACGUUCAGGAUACAUUGCACAUUCAGGAUACAUUGUACAUUCAGGAUACAUUGUACAUUCAGGAUACAUUGUACAUUCAGGAUACAUCGUACAUUCAGGAUACAUCGUACAUUCAGGAUACAUUGUACAUUCAGGGUACAUCGUACAUUCAGGAUACAUUGUACAUUCAGGAUACAUUGUACAUUCAGGAUACAUCGUACAUUCAGGAUACAUCGUACAUUCAGGAUACAUCGUACAUUCAGGAUCGUACAUUCAGGAUACAUUGUACAUUCAGGAUACAUUGUACGUUCAGGAUACAUUGUACAUUCAGGAUACAUUGUACAUUCAGGGUACAUUGUACAUUCAGGAUACAUCGUACAUUCAGGAUACAUUGUACGUUCAGGAUACAUCGUACAUUCAGGAUACAUUGUACAUUCAGUGUACAUUGUACAUUCAGGAUACAUUGUACAUUCAGGAUACAUUUUACAUUCAGGAUACAUUGUACAUUCAGGAUACAUCUUACAUUCAGUGUACAUUGUACAUUCAGGAUACAUUGUACGUUCAGGAUACAUUGUACAUUCAGGAUACAUUGUACAUUCAGAAUACAUCGUACAUUGUACAUUCAGGAUACAUUGUACGUUCAGGAUACAUCGUACAUUCAGGAUACAUUGUACAUUCAGUGUACAUUGUACAUUCAGGAUACAUUGUACAUUCAGGAUACAUUUUACAUUCAGGAUACAUUGUACAUUCAGGAUACAUUUUACAUUCAGUGUACAUUGUACAUUCAGGAUACAUUGUACAUUCAGGAUACAUCGUACAUUCAGGAUACAUUGUACAUUCAGGAUACAUUGUACAUUCAGGAUACAUCGUACAUUCAGGAUACAUCGUACAUUCAGGAUACAUUGUACGUUCAGGAUACAUUGUACAUUCAGGAUACAUUGUACAUUCAGAAUACAUCGUACAUUGUACAUUCAGGAUACAUUGUACGUUCAGGAUACAUUGUACAUUCAGGAUACAUUGUACAUUCAGGAUACAUCGUACAUUCAGGAUACAUCGUACAUUCAGGGUACAUUGUACAUUCAGGAUACAUCGUACAUUCAGGAUACAUUGUACAUUCAGGGUACAUCGUACAUUCAGGAUACAUUGUACAUUCAGGAUACAUUGUACGUUCAGGAUACAUUGUACAUUCAGGAUACAUUGUACAUUCAGGAUACAUCGUAUAUUCAGGAUACAUCGUACAUUCAGGGUACAUUGUACAUUCAGGAUGCAUUGUACAUUCAGGGUACAUCGUACAUUCAGGAUACAUUGUACGUUCAGGAUACAUUGUACAUUCAGGAUACAUCGUACAUUGUACAUUCAGGAUACAUUGUACGUUCAGGAUACAUUGUACAUUCAGGAUACAUUGUACAUUCAGGAUACAUUGUACAUUCAGGAUACAUUGUACAUUCAGGGUACAUCGUACAUUCAGGAUACAUCGUACAUUCAGGAUACAUUGUACGUUCAGGAUACAUUGUACAUUCAGGAUACAUUGUACAUUCAGGAUACAUUGUACAUUCAGGGUACAUUGUACAUUCAGGAUACAUUGAACAUUCAGGAUACAUUGUACAUUCAGGAUACAUCGUACAUUCAGGAUACAUUGUACAUUCAGGAUACAUUGUACGUUCAGGAUACAUUGUACAUUCAGGAUACAUUGUACAUUCAGAAUACAUCGAUACAUUGUACAUUCAGGAUACAUUGUACAUUCAGGAUACAUUGUACAUUCAGGAUACAUCGUACAUUCAGGAUACAUCGUACAUUCAGGAUACAUCGUACAUUCAGGAUACAUUGUACAUUCAGGAUACAUUGUACAUUCAGGGUACAUUGUACAUUCAGGAUACAUUGAACAUUCAGGAUACAUUGUACAUUCGGGAUACAUCGUACAUUCGGGAUACAUCGUACAUUCAGGAUACAUCGUACAUUCAGGAUACAUCGUACAUUCAGGAUACAUCGUACAUUCAGGAUACAUUGUACGUUCAGGAUACAUUGUACAUUCAGGAUACAUUGUACAUUCAGGGUACAUUGUACAUUCAGGAUACAUCGUACAUUCAGGAUACAUUGUACGUUCAGGAUACAUUGUACAUUCAGGAUACAUCGUACAUUCAGGGUACAUCAUACAUUCAGGAUACAUUGUACUUUCAGGGUACAUUGUACUAAUUACAUUGUACAUUCAGGAUACAUCGUACAUUCAGGGUACAUCGUACAUUCAGGAUACAUUGUACAUUCAGGAUACAUUGUACUAAUUACAUGUACAUUCAGGAUACAUCGUACAUUCAGGCAUGGGCGUCAAUCGGUGGGGGACGGGGGGGACGUGUCCCCCCCCAUGAUUUUUUCAGGGGGGGACACAAUAUCAAAUGUCCCCCCCCCCAUGUUUUUGUCACAAAAGAAGUGUGACCAUCUGGGGGGGGGAUAUGAUCAUACCUUCUCAAGGAAAUAAGAGUUGAUUCCCUUAAAAAAUAUAAAGAAAAAAAACAACUGUCAUGUAACUUUUCGAUGCAAUUAACGGUGGGUAAAUUCGCAUUCAAAAGCAGCGCAGCUAGCCGUCUAUGAGCCGUUCCUGUAUACGUACGACGCCGGGGUACGCGCGAGCACCCACAUGGAAACCCGCACGUGCGUGGUGGGUUUUUUUCAUGUGGGUAUGCACGGCAUGACAGCAUAGGCGGAUCCAGGGGGGCCCGGCCCCCCCCCCCCCCAUUGGCGGAGCAAAAAAAAAAGCAAAACAAAGGGAAAGAAAGAAAAAAAGAGAAGAAGGGAAAAGAGAGGAGAAAAAAAGAAAGGGAAACAUAAAAGGAGGAAGACGAGUGAAUAAGAUAAGGGGAAGACUUGGAGAGUAAUAAUAAAAAAUCUUUCAUGCCGGGAUAUAAAAUUUUUGCUUGCGCUCGCAUCGCCUUUUAGGUGAUUUACAUAUCUUGCUCAAUAUGGAGCUUAAAUAUUUAAUCUUGAAGUCAAUUUAAAAAACAUAUUUCAGCUCGAAAAUUUAACUUUCAUUAUUUUGUUUGAUUUGCAAGUUUGAUUUUUUUAAAGUGUUCUGUAAAAUUUUUGUUUUAUGGUCUGAAUAUUAACAUUUUCUGCUUGCGCUGCGCGCUCGCAAAAUUUGAUUUGUCAGGUACCUAUUAUUUUCCUGUAUUCCAUAAAGUUAUCAAAAUAUCCCUAUUCAGGUCAGAUUGUGAAAACGUAUCAGCUAGCGCUGCAUGCUCGCAUUUUGAUUGGUGAGUUAUGUUUAUCUCAAUAUUAAUUCUAAAACAAACUACUUAAAAUCCCCAUUUGAUCACAUGCAGUUUAUCAGAAAUUUCGGUUCGCGAUUUCCGCUCGCAUUGAUUGUUGAAAUAAUUAUAUCAACUCAUGCAUCUUUAUUCAUAAUUACAAAAAUGCUUUAAAUGUCCAGUUUUCAGGCCAUAAUAUUAAGAGAUUUCGCGCUCUCAUGCUUAGGAAGAGAAAUAGGAAGAUAGUCAUCAUUUUCAUAUGAUGACAUAAUGUCCCGGUCCGCUAUGUCAAAACUCAAAGUAAUAAUAAUGAAACUUAUCAGCUUUUUUUUAACUGUGAUCCAUAUCCACCUCACAAUUUUCCCACAAAGUGCUUGAAAAACAGAGCUUAAAUUGACCCUUUUCAGAGCGGAAUAUCAUAUAUUUUUAGCUCGCGCUUUGUGCUCGCUUUAUUGAUUUUCAUGAUAAGAAAUGUAUUUAAAUUACCCUAAUUCUACAUGUUCUAGGUCGAAAUCUGAAACACGCGUUUAUUUAGAUACGCAGCUGGUUCUCAAUUUAAAUCAUUAUCCAGUUUCAGAUCACAAUAUAAAAAAUUGUCUGCUCGCGCUUUGCGCUCGCAUUAUUAAUGUAGGAAAAUUUCCAAUUACUCAUUUUCAUGAUUUACAAAUCAUGAAUAGAGUGUCCAGAAUUUUUCCGCUCGCGCUUCGCGCUCGCAUCAAUUGUUUAGUUAUAUACUUAUCCUUUUCACGAUUACAAAAAGUGCUUAGACUUUCCAUUCUUGAGGUAGAAAUAUCAAAAUUUCCAGCUCGCGCUUCGCGCUCGCAUUAUUUGGUAGUUAAAAUAUGUAACGUCAUCAUGGCUAACACGCAGCCGUUAACAGAUCAGAUCAAAGCGUAUAUCAAAAAAAAAAAAA